CGUCAACAUUUGUGUCUGGGUAAGCUAGAGAACCGAGGAAGUUUUGGCCUCCCCUCCUGGAAGUGGAUUUUGAGGAUUCAGCGAUGGACUUUCACCAAUAACUUUUCCUUACUUUACAGUGAUCAUAUACCUGACUCACUGUUUAGUUCAGCAGCAUGUUUCAUCGCCAUGGGAUGACUGGUUAGUGGAACUGUGGCUGUCAGUAAUUUAGCUAAAAUGUCCUGCAGGGUGGACAUAUCUUACUAACUGAUAGCACCCACAGUCGCAACAACUGUUUCAUAUCAGCGCAGUUACACAGCCAUGGGCUUCUUUUCGCCUCUUUGCAAGAUUUCGAGGAGGGGGAAAUAUUUUGUACUGCUCCUUCUUUUGCUCUCGGUCCUUGCAUGGAUCGCAACUUUUUCAGGCGAAACAGUAAAAUCUGGUCGGUUUUUCUCCGCCACACCACAAACUCUUAUCAAAGAAGACACUCUGAGGGUUAAAGUCAACACUUGGACGGAGGCAACAAAUCUCUUAAAAACUCCACCCCCGAAAGUAGAAUGCCCUCAGGAGUCACCAUUGCUACAGGGAGCUCUGAAGCUUUCCUUUGAAGCCUCUCUGAAACUGAAGGAUGUGGUGAGUGACAACAAAGGAGUGACUGAAGGAGAGUACACGCCCCCAGACUGUACAGCGAGGCAGAGUGUAGCGAUCCUCAUCCCUCAUCGCAGCCGAGAGAGACACCUCCUCUACCUGUUGCACCACCUGCACCCCUUUCUGCAGAGGCAGCAGCUACACUACGCCAUUUAUGUCAUCCAGCAGGCUGGUGAUGCAACUUUUAACCGAGCCAAGUUACUCAAUGUCGGGUAUUUGGAGGCACUGAAGGACUACAGUUGGGAGUGCUUCAUCUUCCAUGAUGUGGACCUGGUUCCUGAAAACGAUCACAACUUGUAUGUCUGUGACAAGCAGCCCAAACACUUGGUGGUUGGCCGGAAUGCCACAGGAUACAAGCUGCGGUACAAAGGCUACUUUGGAGGAGUCACAGCAAUGACCCGAGAGCAGUUCCUUCAAGUGAAUGGAUUCUCAAACACUUACUGGGGUUGGGGUGGAGAAGAUGAUGACCUUCGCAUCAGAGUUGAGCUGCAGAAAAUGAAGAUUUUGCGGCCACCCGCUGAUGUAGCUCGCUACACCAUGGUGUUUCACAAACGGGACAGUGGCAAUGAAAUAAACAAAGACCGGAUGAGGUUGUUAGGACGAACACAGCAGGUAUGGAGAAAGGAUGGACUGAACAGCUGCUCAUAUAAGACUAUGUCAGUAGAGAGGCUCCCUCUUUAUGUGAAUGUUACUGUGGACAUUGGUAAGCCAUAGAGUUGAGAUGAACUGUAAGCCCUGCUGUGACUACAAAAUAUUUUAUAUGGUAUGUUCAGUCCAUUGAGUGCAGAAAGCUACUACAUGGUGUGUACAAGACACCUUUUUAAGCACACGAAUGCACAUUGCUUUCAUUAGUUUACAUAUUAGACUUACGUUAAGCUGACAACUACAUAUUUGCACAUUUUUGCAUACGUCCUGCCUUAAUUUCUUCAUAUUGUGACCAGUCUGUAACUAAAAUUAAUCAGUUUUAUCUUUCAAUUAAUGAUGGGCCUUGGUCAAAUAAAGAAUUUGCUGACAUC